UCACCUCCCAUUUCUGUCUCGAUUCAAGCCACAUGGCCCGAACCUCCCUUGCUGAUCCAAAUUAUCGAAUCAGCAGCGAUCGAGCGAUCGGACUCAUUUUUCCCAAUCCUCACCGCGGUUUCCAAGCAUUGGAGGACGAUAGAUUCACUGUCACUGACACCUCAGCAAAUAUAUAACCAAACUCUGAAUCAAAUUACACUCAAUGGAUUACUCAACGACCAGGGUGAAAUCGAAUCUCUAGAGACGAGCAUUGCCUUGAAAGAGGCCUCUCCCAAAAUCGAAGCUUUCCGCGCAUGGUAUCGAGAUCGCCCUGCUCCACGUAUCUUGUCAUUUGAUCAUAUCUGCCCACCUGGAAGCCACAUCCCGCCACCAUCUGUCCCAGUUGUCAUUUUGUACGCUUCUAACGACCCGCGCUCUUUUGGCCCAUUCCACGACGUAUUACACCAAGCCUCGAGUAGUUCUCCAAUCAGAGCCACCUAUAUUUUUCGAUGGCAAGUUUCUUCAGACGACUCACAGAGUUCUUCGAUCGGUCCUAGCCAUCUCAGUGGUUGGGCUACCAGAUUGGACAUCAAGAAAUCAGACUAUCUUACAGUUGAUGAUCGACCUGUCGAGACCAACUCUCGUGAAUCGCGCGAUUCUGAGUCUGAAUCAACAAAGGAGAACACCAAGGAAGAUGCUCCUGAGACCUCAACUGUCAUUAUCCCCCUCCAGGCCGACGAAUUCUCGACUAUCGGGUUAAAAGCAACUCAACAUAUACUGACCUCGCCUAAUCCGCUAAGUGCUCUGCGAGUUCUUUCUGAAGAUUUUCCCAGGCAUGCAUAUAAUUUGGUGAAGAAUUGGGUUCCGGGAGAAAUAAAUGCAGACUUGGACAGAGAACUCAAGGAGAAUGCUGCUGAAGGGGUCGUUAAACCCGGACAAUCAGCAAUCUGGAUCAACGGUUUGGAUAUAUCAUCAGUAUUACCAGUGGCCAACAUCAACUUCUUCAAGCUGAUACAAUUAAUGCGCGAUGAGCGCCGAUGGAUUAAAUCUUUGACCAGUCUCGGGUUAUCUGUAUCUGAGAUCCGAAAGCUGGUCACUGACGAGCAAUUGAACUCAGCCUUGUCUGGUGAGGGCGGGGCGCGGUCAGAUGACUUGGAGAUUGAUCCCAGUAUUCUUGGCGAACGGUUCGAUGCGAGUGAUAGGUUGGAGCACGGAGAAAUGAUCCUUUGGUUGAACGAUUUAGAGAAGGACACAAGAUAUGCUGCUUGGCCAAAGAGUCUACGCGAUUUUCUUCGACCCACAUAUCCUGGUCAAUUGCACGCGGUCGCUCGCAACACGAUCACUGUGGUAUUGGCCCUCAAUGUGACGCAUACGGCCAACCUUCGCAUAUUGACGGAAUCAGUCGAGACAUUUAUCACACGAAGUGUACCAAUCCGGUGGGGUUUAGUACCUCUCGACGAUCCAAAUGCCUCGGGAUCUUCUGAAGCACUCAAAGGUAUCUUUCCCAUCUACUCGUCAGGAACGAGUACGGGCUCUACAUCAUCCGAUAUGGUUGACGCGUUGGACUUCAAGCAACGCGCUGAUGCUUAUCGCGCAGCUCAUCCUGAAAGCGACUCAGAUGAUCAAAAAGAUACAGCUAGCUUUGGAGAAGGGGACUUCAAUUCCUGGUCAGAAAAAACACAAUCCUACAUCCGACGGCUCGCGCUGUGCUCAGGAUCUGGCGAAGUGCCUGGCUGUAUGUUCGUCAAUGGGAAAUUCUUCGUACUCGAUGAUGACUUUCGCAUGAACUUGCAACAAACAGCUAUGCUUCAUAUCCAAUUUCUACAACAUCAAAUCUAUUACGGAUUAAUCCAAGGCAGUGUAGAUGUCUCGCAUUAUCUGUAUGAUUUACCAGGCGUCUACCCUGCACGGAAUGAAUUUGUAUUUCCAUCGCCGGGUCGUCCCGUGCGGGUCGUCAACCUUGUUCAAGCUUUCGUGGCUGCCAAGCUUGGGAGCUGCGCAGUUGAGGCUGAUCACGAAACCAACGAGCCCCCAAUAUCUGCGAUCUGGGUUAUUGGCAAUUUGGACUCGAAGAGUGGUGCUGCCUCUGUGUUGGCGUUGUUAGAGCUGAUGGUAAAUACCGAUAUGUGUUUCCCAUUAUUGGAGCAGUGUGGGGAUAUGUUGCACCUGACGUUCACUUUGCAGGCAUUUCCAUCAGAUCAAACCCGUGGUUCCGUAUUUGUCGGUUUUGUGCAUGCUUCUAGCCAGCAAACCGACGCGCAUAUAGAUCCUCGCCUAUCCGAUUCUCUGGGACAACUCAUCCAUUCACCUGAGCAUCCUGGAAUCUUGAUCAAGAAUGUGACAGAUCAGUUUGCCCACUUUGGCUUGCAACCGUCGAAACCAUUUCCAGAAUCCUUCUCAUUAAGCAAGAUGCCUUCGGAAUGGAGACGGUCUACUGAAGAUGGUGAGGAUGUUUGGGCAGGCGCGCAGUCUUUGAUCACUGAGCUUGAUAUCACUGAGGGACACGUUGCCGUGGUGAUCAAUGGUCGCGUCCUUGAUGUCCCUCAUAGCCAAGUACUCCAAGCUAGUGAUCUUCGCAUGCUGAUCGACUACGAAAUCCAAAAACGUACAAAUCCACUACAAGUCGCUUUGCGCUCAGUCUUGGGACCCGAACGCUUCACAACCAUCAAGUCCAUGGUACCCUACAUUGCCUCCGUGAUAAGUUCUGUGUUGGUAUCAUCUGAUGACGAGGCUGGUAGCAAGACACGCGGGCGAGCUGUUUCUAACGCCUUAACUGAACGUAAACACUCAUCAAUAUCGUACGGCGAUCACGACGCUGCCGUUAUUCAAUUUCGAGUCAUUUUGAACCCCGCGAGUGAGCUUGCACAGUCAUGGUCGGCUUUAUUAGAGACCCUCUCCGGUCGCAAGGAUGUCGCCAUAAAAGUCUGGUUUAACCCUAUGCAACACGUCGAGGAACUCCCGAUUAAGCGCUUCCUUCGCACCUCAUUUCACAGUCGGAUACAAUUUGAUCAGGAUGGCUCUUCUGUCUCCCCGUCGGUGGUCUUUAAACACAUGCCGACAGACGUGCUACUGACUUUAUCGAUAGAAGCGCCUCCUGCUUGGUUAGCACUUCCUUUAGAAUCUGUUCAUGAUCUUGAUAACAUCAUGUUAUCCAAAAUUGGCUCGACGGAGCGCGAACGAGGGGUCGAAGGCGUCUUUCAACUAGAACACAUUAUCAUAGCAGGUCACGCCUCAGAGCUGCCAAGCGAAGUACCACCCAGAGGGCUCCAGGUAGUCCUGACGAACUUGCUGACCUCUGCAAGUGUGGAUACGAUUAUCAUGGCAAAUCUCGGUUACUUUCAGUUCAAGGCUGAACCUGGCAUGUUUGUCAUGAAGAUCCGACCUGGUCGAAGUUCUGAACUGUAUACGCUCGAACGCGUGGACCUCAAAACAGGAAAAGAUCGCUUAUCUACUGAUAAAAACAAGACAGAUGAGGAUCAUCAGUUCUCCUUGACCACAUUCGACGGAUUACUUCUUUUCCCUCGCUUUCGCAAACGCCCUGGCAAGGAAAAAGAAAAAUUGAUUCAGCCUGUCGCUGCCAUGUCAGAAUCAGAAGACGCCCAUACUAGUACGACCCAGAAACUCAUUGGCCACAAGCCGUCUGACGUGAUCCCAGGGAAGAAACGAAAUGUAAUAAAUGUCUUUACAGUCGCAUCGGGACUACUUUAUGAGAGAAUGGCUUAUCUGAUGUGUGUCAGCGUGAUGCGACACACAAAGAGUGAUGUGAAAUUUUGGUUUAUCUCGAAUUUCCUAUCACCAUCCUUCAAGAGAUUCAUUCCGCACCUGGCUCGAAAGUAUGAAUUCGAGUACGAAUUGGUAACAUACCGCUGGCCACCAUGGUUGCGAGCUCAAAAAGAGAAACAGAGAGUCAUCUGGGGAUAUAAGAUCCUUUUUCUAGAUGUUUUAUUUCCAUUGGAAUUGGACCGGGUAAUAUUCGUGGAUUCGGAUCAGAUUGUUCGGACCGAUCUACAAGAAUUGGUUGAUCUCGAUCUUCGUGGUGCACCUUAUGCAUAUACUCCUAUGUGUAAUGAUCGAGAAGAAACAAAGGGAUUUCGUUUUUGGGAUACGGGAUACUGGAAAGAUAGCCUACGAGGGAGACCAUACCACAUUAGUGCACUCUAUGUUGUGGAUUUGAGGGUUUUCAGGGCCGUUGCCGCUGGAGACCAACUCCGUCAACAUUACCAAGCUCUUUCUGCCGAUCCAAACAGUCUGGCUAACCUGGACCAAGAUCUACCCAACAAUAUGCAAGAAGUCUUGCCAAUUUACUCCCUUGAUCAAAAAUGGCUUUGGUGUGAGACCUGGUGCUCAGACGAUGGUUUGAAAACAGCCAAGACUAUUGAUUUGUGCAACAAUCCAUUGACGCACGAGCCAAAGCUUACACGAGCUCGACGCCUAAUACCCGAAUGGGAUGUCUACGAUAAAGAAGUGGCU